AUGGCGCUGAAGGACCGUGUGGAGUCCGUGUUGAACGUGGGCCUCCGCGUGCCCAGUAUCAUGCUGCUGGACGUUCUCUACCGCUGGGACGUCAGCUCUUUCUUCCAGAAGGUCCAGAGAUCGAGCCUCUCCAACAACCCCCUGUUUCAGUACAAGUAUCUGGCCCUUUACCUGCACUAUGUAGGUUACAUCCUGAGCCUGGUGCUCCUCACUCUGCCUCGCCAGCACCUGGUGAAACUGUAUCUGUACGUCCUCACUGCGCUGCUUCUGUACGCUGGACACCAAGUCUCAAGGGAUUACGUCCGCAGUGAACUGGAUUCAGGCAACGAAGGACCGGUCUACCUGGAGCCUCUCUCCAUGAACAGAUUCACCACUGCACUCAUAGCUCAGUUGGUGGUCUGUACGCUCUGCUCCUGCGUGAUGCAAACCAAGAGGAUCUGGCUGUUCUCUGCUCACCUGCUCCCUCUUGUGGCCAGACUGUGUCUUGUGCCCCUCGAGACCAUCGUCUUCAUCAACAAGUUUUCCAUGAUCUUCACCGGCCUGGAGGUCAUUUACUUUCUGGCCUCCAACCUACUCGUUCCAUACAAUCUUGCAAAAACUGCCUACCGUGAGCUGGCUCAGGUGGUGGAGGUGUACGGCCUGCUGGCUCUGGGCAUGUCUCUGUGGAACCAGCUGGUGCUGCCGGUUCUCUUCAUGUGCUUCUGGCUCGUGCUGUUCGCUCUGCAGAUCUACUCCUACUUCAGCACCCGCGACAAGCCCACGUCCCGAGAGAGGCUGCUCUUCUUCUUCCUCACCAGUGUUGCAGAAUGCUGUAGCACUCCGUACUCUCUGCUGGGGCUGGUCUUCACUGUGUCCUUCAUCGCUUUGGGAGUUUUGACUCUGUGCAAGUUCUACCUCCAGGGAUACAGGGCCUUCAUGAACGACAACACCAUGCACCGGGGCAUGACUGAGGGCAUCACUCUCCUGAUCCUGGCGGUUCAAACGGGUCUCAUCGAGCUGCAGGUGAUCCAUCGAGCCUUCCUCCUCUCCAUCAUCCUCUUCAUCGUCGUCGCUUCCAUCCUGCAAUCCAUGUUGGAGAUAGCAGACCCUAUUGUUCUGGCUCUGGGCGCAUCCAGAGACAAGAGUCUCUGGAAGCACUUCCGAGCCGUGUCUCUGUGUCUGUUCCUGCUCAUAUUCCCAGCGUACAUGGCUUAUAUGAUCUGUCAGUUCUUCCACAUGGACUUCUGGCUCCUCAUCAUCAUCUCCUCCUCCAUCCUCACCUCUCUACAGGUGCUGGGGACUCUGCUGAUCUAUGUGCUGUUUAUGGUGGAGGAGUUUCGAAAGGCUCCUGUUGAAAACAUGGACGAGGUCAUCUACUGUGUGAACGGCACAUACCGGCUGCUGGAGUUCCUGGUUGCCGUGUGCGUGGUGUGUUACGGCGUGUCGGAGACUGUUUUUGGGGAGUGGAGUGUAAUGGGCAGCACCAUCAUCCUGGUGCACUCCUACUAUAACGUGUGGCUGCGGGCGCAGCUGGGCUGGCAGAGCUUCCUGCUCCGAAGAGACGCAGUCAACAAGAUCAAGAGCCUCCCCACCGCCAGCAGCUCUCAGCUGCAGCAGUACAACGACAUCUGUGCCAUCUGCUACCAGGAGUUGAACAACGCUGUGAUCACUCCCUGCAGUCACUUCUUCCACGCUGGCUGUUUGAAGAAGUGGCUGUACGUCCAGGAGACCUGCCCUCUCUGUCACUCACAGCUGAAGAGCCAAGCCCCUGGUCCACCCACCCCAAUCCAGGACCCAGAUCAGAGUGUGGCCAAACCCAAGCAGGAAGAAGACUCCUCCUCUUCACCAAAUGGGCAAACAGACGGAAAGGGACCAGGACCAGAGGAAGACAUUUUAAAUACAGAGUCCAGAGAAUCCCAAAAUAUCAAAAUCACACCGUUACCCAACCAUCUUUCUUCACAACCUGCGGAACAAGACAUUUCUCCUCCCACUCCCUCACGUUUCCCUGGUGUGGGUUUCAAGCUAACGGCUAAAGCUACAGCAGCCACCUCUGAAUCCGAGCCCCUCCCACAUACAGAUUACCCAGAAUCUUCCUCCGAGUUGCCCUCACAGCUCGACCUUCUCCAAAAGAAGAGACAGUAG